AUGUCUCCCGGAAUGACCCUUUUCGCCGUUCAGGCAAUCCUCAUCCUCGGCACGGAGGAUGGCUCUAGGAUAUUCGCCAAGUACUUUUCUCCGCCUCACGCCGCUCCCUCUGGCAGCGCAAGCACAUCGAGCCACCCGUACACCGACCUGAAAUCCCAGAAGGCGUUCGAGAAGGGCCUCAUUGACAAGACCGCCAAGCAGACGGGCGACAUCAUCCUCUACGACAACCGGAUCGUCCUCUACAAGAUGGAGUCCGACGUCAUGCUCUACGUGGUCGGUGCCGCCGACGAGAACGAGAUUCUGCUCUACAACACUGUUCUGGCUCUUCGUGAUUCCCUUCACCUCCUGUUCAAGCAAUCCGUUGAUAAGAGGACCAUUGUCGAAAACUACGACCUCGUCUCGCUGGCCAUUGAUGAAAUUGUCGACGACGGCAUCAUCCUCGAGACCGACCCUACCAUCAUCGUCCAGCGGGUCAGCCGUGCGCCCACCCAGGACGUUCCCCUGGGCCGCAUCGAUUUCAGCGAACAGGGUGUUAACAACCUGGCGCAGCUCGGCAAGUCGAAGCUCACAGAUUGGCUUCGCCAGGGGCUGUAA